UGUGAACAGCCGUUCCAUCUUCACUACUGUUAAUCGGAUCACGAUUAUGUCCGACUACAAUACCCGAGCUGCUCAGUAUAGCUUCAGUACGCCAGAGCAGGUUCAAGCCGCUCUCGCGGAUGAAAGCACGUACGUGUUGGAUGUUCGUAACGCAACCGAGAUUGCUGCGGACGGAAAAAUUGACCACGUUCGAUACAUCCAGAGUGCGUGCACUCCGGAUGCAGCUCCCGAACUAGAAGGAAACGCCUCAAAAUUGCUUCCCGAGAAGAUCGCGACGGUUGUUGUUUACUGCAAGUCUGGACGCAGAGCAUACAAGGCUAUGCAGGUUUUGGAAAGCCAAGGAUAUAUCAACGUUUUGAAUGCAGGUGGAUAUACUGACAUAGUCAGUAAUAAAGAUCGCUAGGACUAAUCUCUAGCUGUAUAUUAUUCUU